AUGGCACCUGCUUUUCUUAUUACCGGGGCUACUGGCCGUCAGGGCGGCUCAGCAGCUCGCAUCUUGCUUGAAAGAGGAAUGGCUGUUCACGUUCUGGUGCGAAAACGACACUCAGCUGCUGCUCAACAGCUGGAAAGCCUUGGCGCGGUCGUUUUCGAGGGUGAUUUUAACAACGUAGCCGUAAUCAAAGAGGCCUCAAAGGGAGUCUCGGGCAUAUUCCUUAAUCUAUGGCCUACGCAAGAUCCCGCAGACCAGGCCCGCCAAGCUCAGGCGUUCAUCGACAUCGCAAAGGCUAAUGACGCGGCCAUUGUGGCUUCAACCGCAUUUCUUGCUACCCGAUCGGAUAUUUGGGGUGAUGUGGAUGGGCUGAAGCAAUAUUACGCGGGCAAGGUAGGCGUCGAGAAUGCCUUGCGGGAAGCGAAGCUGGCUUCCUACACAAUCCUGCGCCCAGCCUUGCUUAUGCACAACUACCUGGUACCCGACUCCAAGUACCACUUUCCUGAGCUAUCCACCGAAGGGGUUGUGGCACACGCGUACGGGCCAGGGCGCCGGAUGGCACACCUAGAUGCCGCUGAUGUUGGCAAGUUUGCGGCUGAGGCUCUUCUUCAGCCAGCCAAAUUUAAUGGCCAUGAAAUUGAGCUUGGCUUCGACAAUCUGACACAAGAAGAGAUCGGCGAGGCCAUUAGUGAGGUCAGCGGGCGGACGAUCAAGACCCAUCGUUGGACUGAAGACGAGAUCAAGGAGAAGCGAGGGCGCAUUGUAACUUUGCCCUGGCAGCUGUUGGCGAACGAGCACGACCUUUCCGUUGACGGCGAGAAACUUCAAAGCGAAUAUGGAGUUACCAUGACAUCGUUCUCCGAAUUUCUCCGCCGUGACAGGGCCAAGGUGAUGGAGUCACUACCAUCAACAUAA